AUGGAGUUUGAUUUAUUGUUGUUCCUGAAGGAGAUUCAGCUCCAGCAUGGCCUGCGCGCGGAAGACUAUGCACGCUACCGUCGUUACACAACCAACCGGUUGUCAACGCUGCGCCACCAGCUUGGCCUCAUUCACGACUCGAAGAAGUUCCAGAAGCGGGACAUCACCCCGCAGAUAGCGACGAAAACGGAGCAUCUGCAGCUGCUCGCGCUCUGCGCUGAGCGAUGCUGGGCGGCAGCGGAAGAAAUGCAGGAGAAGCGCCGCUCUGCUGCACGUGGGGGCGAGAACAAACCACAGGGUGGCCUGCCGCCAAGUGACCAGUUCCGCAAACGCCUCAACAAAUCUGUCAAGUGGGCAGCGAAGUUGCACGCGGUGGCCCAGGCCGUGGCGAGCAAGCGGCUGCAGCAGGAAACAGAGGCCUACGCAAUGGAGGUCGAGGGGAGAGCCGCCGCUGCGCACGGCUUGAUGGCAGAGGCGAAACAGCACUUCCUUGCCGCGCGCGAGCGGUACUACGCCUUGCGGAAGUGCAGCACACCAGAGCAGUGGACGCUGCUGUGGGCGAAAGUGACGGAGCUCGACGAUCGAGUUGUGUAUUGCAUGCUGCGGAUUGGCGAGGACUCGUCCCUCUACAAGCCACACGUAGACGUUGAGGACACAUCACAACAGCUAGCGGUCACGACAAUUGAGUGGAACGGCCGCCAGCUUAAUGUGGCCUCCAUCAAGGUAAAGGAUGCACUGCGUGAGGUGCGGGCCCUCAAUGUCGAAGCGGCGAAGGCGAAGGCAGCGGAGCUAAGCGGUCCCAUUCCUGUUGGGCAGCAGAACAAGGUGCUUGACCUCAUGGACCGGCGCAUUGGUUGCCUUAAUGACGCUCUCGCCCACGCCCGCCAGGACCUGCGCUCUCUGGCCGAUGAGAGGCAGAAGACGGAGCUGCAGCUCCUAUUGCACUACUUGCUCUUCCAGGUCUCUCAUGAGACGCUGCAGCGCACACUCUUCAUGGUCGAGGUUCACACACGCCGAUUCCGCGCCACAGAAAAGAGUCUUACUGGUGGUCAUUGUGGCAUCGGCAGCAGCAGCAGCAGCAGCAAUAACAACAACAACGGCGUCAGCAAGGGGAAAAGGGAGAUUUCUCCAGCUCAGUACGCCUCGCCGCUAGAGGUAGUACGCCUGUACGACGCCGCGUUGGAAACGUUAGGUGAGAUAGAGCUUCUCCCGGGCGUUGCUGGGCGCGAAGACGUGGAGGAACUCACCGCACUUUGUCGUGCGGGGAAGCUCCUCUACCUUGGAGAGAGUUGGCGCAUCGUAAAGGAUUCCGGGCGGGCGCAGAACUGCUACAAGGCUUCGCUUUCUGUUCUUGGGGAAGUACCAGUGUCACCGCGCGUGGAGGCACUUCGGCUUGUGGCGGAGAAGAGCUUCCUGUUAUUAGCAUCAUCGACUCUCUUGAGCGGCGCAGUCAGUGGGGAGGAGAGAGAGGAAGAAAAACCAGUGCAGUACCUUGUCGACGCUGGAGAUCAGGUGGCGGUUGCCCAGAACGUAAUCAAGUUCCCUCCUGAUUACCAAGCUGUACCGUGCAAGCCUGUUUUUGUGGAUAUUGCUUCCACAUACGUGGAUUACCCAACGCGUGGCAACUCUUCGCAGCAGCAAGAACAACAACAAGCGGACGCCUCCGGCGGGAAGGAGGAGAAGCGGUGGAAGUGGGGCUGGGGGUGGCGUAAGUAG